UGACUUAUCUUGUAGGUGAUGGACGAUGAGGGCGAUGCUGCGACUUUGAAGGAACUUCCUAGGCACGAGAUCGUUCAUCUGAUACUGCGCACAGUGCAACAGACGAUAGCAUUGCUGAAGAGAAAAGUUUCUGGCUAGAAUAAUAGAUCAGAAGAAGAAAUGUACAUAACACUCUAUCGUCUAGAUUAAAAGUAUCGCGUGCAACUAAACAUAAUAAGUAUGUUGUACAGUCCCACGUUUUUCAUCCUUCUACAAAAGUAGAUUUCUUAAAGAGUAAAGUGCCUGUGAACCCCGGAAGGAAGCUGAUAUGGAUGUUCCAACAUUUCUGCUGUUGCUGGUAGCAGCCUUCUCAUGUAAGGUAGCAGCGUGGGGCGAUGUUGGACACAUUGUUACCUGCAUGAUCGCAGAGUCCUUUUUCAAGGCACCGACUCAGAAUGCAGUCACAGAUUUGCUUUCCGCUACUGGCUUGAACUUCUCACAGAGCUGCACUUGGGCAGAUCAUGUCAAACGCUCGUAUGCCUAUCGUUGGAGCGCUCCCUUGCAUUUUGCGGAUACGCCCGACAACGUUUGUGGAUACGACGAUGAGAGGGAUUGUCACUUCCUGGGAUUUAAAAACGUAUGCUGCACUGCAGCUGUCUACAACUAUACUUCGCAGCUUGAGAAUCAACGUUUGCUCGCCUAUAAUCGCACCGAGGCACUUAUGUUCUUGUCCCAUUACCUUGGAGAUAUUCAUGAGCCAAUGCACAUGGGAUUCCUUGGUGAUCUCGGUGGCAAUCGAGUCCGUGUCAGUUGGUGUGGGACGAAGAUAUUAUUCACACGGCUAUACCAAGGCAGAAGAGGUUGCCGCGGUCGAAAGUUUGGCUGUCCACUGAGGUACGCUGAAGAAGGUGUCAAAAUCGCUUGCGGUUGGGGUUACAAGGACGUGUCCCAAAACUUCACAUUGGCUGAUGAGUACUUUGAGACGCGCUGGCCGAUUGUCAAAUUUCUCCUCGCACGCGGAGGUGUUCGACUUGGUGGAAUACUCAAUGAGGUUUUCAACGAAGGGGCUGUUCGUAAUUAUGAGUGAUCGAUCUGAUGGUCGGUGAAAGCUAUGAGAACACGACAAGGCUAUUACCAACUUUUAAUCUUUCUAAUUUUAUUCAUGGUUAGAGAGUAAGCCUUGCGGUAGCAAUGCACUGUUCAUUUCUUACAACAAUAACGUGCUACACGCCA